AUGUCUUUUUCAUCUUUUUCAACCACUUCUCAGAUUUAUGUUAAUUUCGUCACUUACGAUUUUAAUCAACGAGAUUGUCAUAUACAAGGAUUUUUACGUUUAAAGAAAAAAACUAAAUUUGGUCAUUAUAAACCGUCAAUUGAUGAAAAAAAGAAUAAAAUAAAUGGUAUAAAAGGUUUUCUAAAGAUUGAUAAAAUACAUUUUGAACCAGUUGAGAGUGAGCCUGACUCUAUACGCUAUUAUUUAAAUGAUUUUUCAGAAUGUAAAUGGUGUACUUUGGAAUGUUGUUCUCAACGUACAUUGGCUAGAUAUGAUGAAAAUUUGGGGCCAAACGAAUAUUCGAUUCAAGAAAAUAAAAGGAUUCGAAAUAAGACAGAAAAGAAUCAAUCUCAAGAACAACUAUUGAAAGAUGUGCAAGAAUGUAUAGAUGAUAUUCUUGUUAAAAAAAUAUCAAAAGAAGAAGCGAUUGUUAAAUAUGCUGAGAAAAAUCCACAAUGGAUCACUCGGAAUCCAAAUAAUAUUGCUAUUAUUUGUAAUGCUC